AUGAUUGGUAGGCAUAGCAUGAACCUCUACUUGGUGCACCUUCUUGCGGACAACGUGAAACCCAUUGCCAACAUUAAUGAUGACGAGCGAUGUGUGUGGGAGACCUCACCACCUCGUUGGUUAACCCUUCGCCAUUCUACCGUGCAAUGGAGAAACGGUAAAUCGUAG